UGCAAGGCUUCACCACAAGCAGUUGUGAGUUGGCUUCGUUGACGGGUGCAGACGCAUUUCAGCGCUGAAAGGAUGAAGGCGGCGGUGCUGGCCCUGGCGCUGGCGCUGAUGGGCGUGGCGUGGGCGGAGUUGGCUCCACCCGAGAGAUCCUACAAGAUCCUGAUGCUGUUGCCAAUAUCCUCGAAGAGCCACAGGAAUGUCUUCUUGCCGGUCGCCGAGGCUUUAGCCGAUCGAGGCCACAAGAUUGUGAUGCUGGUCAACCACCCACCGGCGUUAAAGCACCCGAACGUCUUGGAGAUCAACCAUGGACUGCCCGACUUCAGGGAAGAAAACCUGAACAUGUUCGAGACACGCGGGAACCCAGCGGCUGCGUUCGGAGUGUUCCAGAAGGCUCUUCCCGCCAUCGCCAGCAAGCUGUACAAGGUUCCGAAGGUCAAAGAACUCUACGACAAAAGAAAGGAGUUUGAUCUCAUUGUUAUCAACCAUAUGUUUAAUGAGGUUGCGUACCCGUUCGCCCACGAGAUGCCCUUCAUCACCAUAGCAACGCCAGGUAUGGACUACCGCCAGAGCGCUGUCCUCGGCAACGUCUUGAAUCCUUCUUACGCUGCUAACAUCAUGCAGUCUUUCCCAGCACCUAUGAGCAUGCUACACCGCUUCAUAAAUACGAUACAACACAUCAUGUUUGCCGUAAACUGGCGACAUUGGAGCAUUGUUCCGCCUGUACAGAAGGAGAUCUCGGCCCAGUUCCCGGACCUCCCGUUACUGCUGGACAUUGAGCGCAACCAGAGCCUUACCUUGAUGAACUCCCACUUCACAAUGAACGAUGUUCUGCCUUUGCUGCCGUCCCAGGUGGAAGUGGGUGCCAUGCACUGCCGUCCUGGCAAGCCCCUGCCUGAGGAUUUAGAGUUGUGGAUCAGCGGCGCAGGAUCAGAGGGCGUCGUGUACUUCAGUCUCGGCUCCGUGGCUCAGGGUCAGUCGAUGCCCACGAAGUACCGAGAUAUGUUCGUGGAGGCCUUCAAGCAGCUCAAACAGCGAGUCAUCUGGAAGUACGAGGUGGCGCUGGAGGGCGUCUCUGACAACGUGCUGAUGCGGAAGUGGCUGCCGCAGCAGGAUAUUCUCGCUCAUCCAAACGUCCGGGUCUUCAUCACCCAUGGAGGACUCCUCAGCACUCAGGAGUCCUUCUACCACUCCACGCCAGUCCUCGCAAUCCCCAUCUUUGGGGAUCAGCCCAAGAAUGGCAUGAACAUACAGAACAACGGCCUCGGGCUGAUGCUUGUGUGGGAGGAGUUGACGGUCGAGCUCAUCGUCAACAGUCUCCAGGAAAUUAUCUCGAAUCCCAAGUACAAAGCCAGGGCCGCAGAGGUGCGGGCUCCCCUCCGCGACCAGCUCGAGAGCCCGAAGGAUCGCGCGGUGUUCUGGACCGAGUACGUGAUCCGGCACAAGGGCGCCCCCCGGCUGCGGUCUCCGGCGGCGACGCUGUCGUGGGUCGAGUUCCUCAUGCUGGACGUGCUGCUGGCGCUGCACGUGGCCGUGGUCGUGGCGGUGUACGUGCUCCGCCGCCUCGUGGGAGCCGUCUGCUCGCGGGUCUUCGGGUCCGGGAGCACAGGCAAAAGGAAGAGGGAGUGAGUUUCCUCGUUGAUGCUUUCAUUCUCUACAUUUAUCGAGAUUUCAUAAUUUUAAUUGUUGUAUUUUUUUCCGUUUUGUUUACAAGAUGUACGUUUUCCUUGUGUAAAUAUUUCUAUGACAAUAAAAUGUACUUUGUAAAACGA